ACCAGAAUGUCGCAAAGUUUUGACAGAUUUGGCGGGCCAUCCCUGCAUGGUUGGAGAAGCUUACAAAUGGCUGGUUUAUUCGUUGCAAAGAUCAAUGGAGGGUCUUGAAUUUCUCGGCCGUGUGAACUCAUGCCCCAAAGGAAAUACAACAGUUUGUACUGGCCAGUGUCCAGCCCAAUGUCCGCUGGCGAAAACGGACGAUAAUGAUGGUAGCAGCGUUGUUGGAGUUACUUCUGUGGGUCUUUUCCUCAGUUUAAUACAUGCAGUCUUUUGGGUGAUGCCAGUUUUUUGA